CUUCACCUGAGAGAAGAGCCGAUCCACGUCAGCGUCAUUGCGUCACGAGCUCAUUCAUCCUCCCGCUGGCCGCUGCUGCAGUAGCUGUUCUAAUCUGUCCUGUAGCGUGUCUAUCAGCGGGCGUUCUCCUUCUCCUCCUCCCUUUCUGCCGCAAUCUCUCUCCUCUAUCUUUAGCUCUGUACCACGCGCGCAGCGGCUUAACGCUCUUCUUGAGUUGAAGCUCGCAUCUUUAUUCGGCCGGUUUGUCUCUGUCGGUCGUGUACGUUCAUCCGACCCACACACAUGUGGGAAUGACACUCCGGAGGUUUUAUCUGCUGUCCUGGACUUGAGAAGCGCAGUGAAGGAUGUUGUUUUCCCCGAGCCGGAGCGCACGGCGAGCCCGGGCCUCCCUCCUCCUGCCCGGGGUCUUGAUCUGCGUAAUCCUCGCCGCCGUCGGUGCGAGAAUACCGGCAAACAAGUGCCCCGAUCACAUAGACUGUGCCAGAAAGGGGCGGCACUUCUGCAAGCCUGGCUCCUCCAACUGUGGCCCCUGCCUCACCCCAUUAAAGGAAGAUGAAGCAGGACAUUGUGUUGUUCGCAGGACACACUCUCCCCAGCACCACCAUCACGAUUCUCACUCACAGUCUCCUCCGCAAUCGAAGCAGAAGAGUCUGUACAAACCCACAACUGUAGAACCAACAACCAGCGGUCCAUUGAUCUCAACACCGCAGACCCCUAAAUCUCCCCAGCCAGUCACAAACUCGUCCGACCGCCACGGGCCGAUCAUCUCCCCCCACUCUUCCAGAGACAGCCUGCUAGUCUUGAUGAUAUCUUUAUGCAUUAUUGUGGGAUCCAUGGCACUCAUCAUCGCUGCAGUCUGCUGGGUCAGGUUGCAGAGAGAAGCUCGUCUGGCUCAGAAAGUUGAUUACCCUGCGUUUCAUGCUGCGGGCCCCAAUCAUAAUCAUACUUCAUCUGGGGAUACAACUCUGGCUCACAGUGCUCAGAUGUAUCACUACCAGCAUCAGAAACAACAGAUGCUUUCAAUGGAGAAACAUAAAGCAGAACCUAAAGUCUCAGAGUCUGGGGCCUCAUCAGAUGAGGAGAAUGAAGUGGGAGAUUUCACUGUGUACGAGUGCCCCGGACUGGCACCGACUGGAGAGAUGGAGGUGAAAAACCCACUGUUUGACGACUCCACCUUGCACUCCCAGAGAAAUCACAAGUGACCUGGACACACACACACACAUCUGCAUACUUUUAGAAUAGGUCUAACACACCUAAAAGCAUUCCUCCACAGGGUGAAGCUGCAUCUGUUACACCACACACAAAUGAAAAAAAUAUGACCGAAAGAAAUUGGUGCUGAUGCCUAGCCCCUCAGAACAAAGUGAGAAAAACACCCAAACUAAAGAUACUGAAGAACAGAUGGUAUGUAGUCAUUCGGGUAAAUAAAAGUAAAAGACAGCAGUGGUUAAACAGUUUUUUUUUUUUACUCCGAUGCACAUAUAUGAAAUCUGAAAGAACUCUUGCACCGCAAACUCUCAGUGGAAACUCAGACUGGCCUUUUAAUGCGGUUUCUUUGCACCACAUCUUCAUUCUUCAAAACGGGGGUUUGUUUUCUCAUCUUUUUAUGUCACCUCCUUUUUAAAAUAAUUUCUCUUUA